GGAGGGAGCGGAGAGGGUGGGGGGGAGAGAUAAGAGAGAGAAGAGGAAAAGCAGAGAGGAGAAGGAAGGAAGAAGAAGGAAGGAAGGGGACAAUACGAUCAUGCUGUGCUGUAUGAGAAGAACAAAACAGGUUGAAAAAAAUGAGGACGGGGACCAAAAGAUUGAGCAAGAUGGCAUCAAACCAGAAGAUAAAGCUCAUAAGGCAGCGACCAAAAUCCAGGCCAGCUUCCGUGGACACAUAACAAGGAAAAAGCUCAAGGGGGAGAAGAAGGCAGAUGCCCCCGCAUCCGAGUCUGAGGCCGCCGACAAGAAGGAUGAAGGCCCUGCUGGCGGAGCGGCUGAGAACAAAGAGAGUGAGGCUUCUGCUGCCACAGAGGCCAGCGCCGCCGACAGUGCCCAGCUGGAUGAGGGCAGCAAAGACAGCAGCGCGCCAGCAGAGGAGAAAAAAGGGAACGGAGCCGCUGACACGGGCUCAGAGCAGCCAGCCCCGCAGGCUGCCACUCCUGCCGCCUCCUCGGAGGAAAAAUCCGCUGCCGCCGCCGAGACAGAAAGUGCCACUAAAGCUUCCACUGAUAACUCGCCAUCCUUGAAGGCUGACGAAGCCCAAGACAAAGAGGAGCCUAAACAAGCCGACGUGCCUGCUGCUGACACCACUGCCACCACCACCCCUGCUGCAGAGGAUGCUACUGCCAAGGCAACAGCGCAACCCCAAAUGGAGACAGUGGAGAGCAGCCAAACCGAAGAGAAGACAGAUGCUGUAGAAGAAACCAAACCUACUGAAAGUGCCCAGCAGGAAGAGGUGAAAGAAGAAGAGAGCAAGGCGGACCAAGAAAAUGCCUGAACAUUAAGAAAUGACUCCCCGUUGCCCCUCCCUCCCUCCCCCUAUCCUCUAUCCUUCCUUCCUGCCCCGAUCUUGAUCUCCCCCAUUCCUGCUCACGUCUGUGAGCCUGUCCGUCCCUCUCCCAUUCCCACUUAAACCCUUUUUCUCUCUGUGUGGCAAACAUUUAAAGAAGAAAAAAAAAAAAAAAAAAAAAAAAAAAAAAAAAAGCAGGAAAAA